GCCGCAACAACAGGUUGUGUGUGUGUGUGUAAUCCCUUUUGAAUGUGAAAUGGCCGAAGUCUACCUCUGGUCGAUAGUUCGAUAGCAAUGUAAGUUUUAAUACUUAUUGUGAAGCUUGGAUGUACAGGAAUUUACAGGUUAACAUCCAAUUUAAUGAAAUUUUAUGGACAGGCAGAGGCGUCGGAUCCAUUCUGUGGAUUAUUCCGGACAGAGAACUCCCAUGGCUUGGCGCCAUAGAGAUAUGAACUAUUCAACCCAUAACACUCGUCCCUCUUCGCCCUCCCUUACAUCAACCUCUACCGACGAUCGCGAAGAAGUGCCAAUGAUGCGACAUACCGGUGGUGGACCUAGAUAUGCAAAUCGUUCGGAUAGGAAUUACUAUCCUCCUCACGCAGACAAUUACGCCAUGGGAACUUUAAGAAACGGAACUCUCCGCUCGACUCGUAGUGUACCAGCACUAGCAUUAGCUACAUGGGACGGAGAACCGUGCCCAGUUCACGGACACGGACCACAUUUUUAUCCUCCCUGUCCACCACCGGGUGGUACUUUACGUAGGUACGGAUCUAUGUUCGAUAUGAGAGCUCCUUAUUAUGCACCGAGUGCCGUUGUACCUCCUCCACACGCUGUUAUGUUACAUCCACCACAGCCUACGUUAGAAAGGAAAUCGUUUCAUGGUUCAGUUCCGAUUCUAGCACCUCAUUCUUAUCCAAUGCCUCCUCCGCCGACUCCUAUACCACCUCAAUUUUUACCACCCAUGAUGCGACCUAGACCUAUGGUGUUUCCUGCAGGAGCGGAACCUCUCCCUGUACGUGACCCUUACAAGUUCCGUGCACCGCCACCAGGAUAUAGUAGUAAAAGUGAAGAUUCCUAUUCAGUCGAUCAAGUCUGCUGUAAGGGUCACCUUAUCGUCCUUUGGAUUAUAUUGGGAGUUGUCACCGUCGGCGUCAUUCUUGGAAUCAUACUUGGAAUAACAAUAUCGUGAAUAAAUUCAAAAAUACAACAAACUAUGUGCUAUAAAAACCAUUAACAUUUUUAACAAUAUUUUAUACUUGGUAACAAUUAUGACAAAUGAAAAUAAUUAUACAUAAUGGAAUAUAAUGCCAGAUUUUAGAAAAACAAUGACAGUUGCCAAAGUUUUGUACGAACUGUUUUUAAUAAAAAAAAAAUAUAUUAUCGUAUUUUCAUA